CGGGGCUCAGCGCGGAGCGGCGCGGAGCGGAGCCCGCGGAGCCGGCGGAGCAUCCGCGGCCUCUUGGGCGGCCCGGUGCCUGGCCGGGCCAUGCUCUAGCGGUGCCGGUACCGAGCGGGGCGGCGGAGCGGGGUAACGGCCACCCCCCGCGCCCCCUGCCCGGAGCACGGCCGGGACGGGAGCAUGCGGAUCCUCUUCCUGUGCCUCCUGACUCUCGCCGAUACCCACGGGCAAGCGGCGCAGACCCGCUUCGUGGAGGAGCCGGAGGACCAGACGGUGGUGGCCGGCCAGAGAAUCGUCCUCUCCUGCGUGGUGCUCAAUUACUCCGGGAUCGUGCAAUGGACCAAAGACGGGCUCGCCCUGGGCAUGGGACAGGGGCUCAAAGCCUGGCCGCGCUACCGCAUCGUGGGCACGGCCGACUCGGGCCAGUACAACCUGGAGAUCAGCAACGCCGAGCUGUCCGAUGAUGCCGUGUACGAGUGCCAGGCCACCGAGGCCGCGCUCAGGUCGCGCCGCGCCAAGCUCACCGUGCUCAUCCCCCCCGAGGACCCCACCAUCGACGGAGCCCCCGAGAUCCUGCUGCGCGCGGGGACGCCCUACAACCUGACGUGCCGGGCACGCAGUGCCAAGCCGGCGGCCACCAUCGUCUGGUACCGCGAUGGGCUCCAGCAGGAUGGAGCCGUCACCACCACGGAGGUGCUGGCCGACGGCAAGCGGGAGACGACCACCAGCCUGCUCGCUAUCAACCCCACCGACCUCGACAUCGGGCGCGUGUUCUCCUGCCGCAGCACCAACGACGCCGUCCCGGCGGGCAAGGAGACCUUCGUCAAGCUCAACGUUCACCAUCCCCCGACCGUCACUCUGUCCAUCCAGCCCCAGACGGUGCAGGAGGGCGAGAGGGUCGUGUUCACCUGCAUGGCAACUGCCAACCCCGAGAUCAAAGGCUACAGGUGGGCCAAGGGGGGGGUGAUCAUCGAGGACGCCAAGGAGAACCGGUACGACACGCAGGUGGAUUACACCUUCUUCACGGAGCCCGUCUCCUGCGAGGUGCACAACGACAUCGGCAGCACCAACGUCAGCACGCUGGUGGACGUGCACUUUGCCCCUCGGAUCGUGGUGGACCCCAAACCCACCGUCACAGACAUCGGCUCUGACGUGACACUGACGUGCGUGUGGUCGGGCAACCCACCGCUGACCCUCACCUGGACCAAAAAGGAGUCCAACAUGGUCCUGAGCAACAGCAACCAGCUGUACCUGAAAUCCGUCACCCAAGCCGACGCGGGGCAGUACAUCUGCAAAGCCAUCGUCCCCCGCAUCGGUGUGGGUGAGCGCGAGGUCACCCUCUUUGUCAACGGACCCCCCAUCAUCUCGAGCGAGGCCGUGCAGUACGCCGUGCGCGGGGACCGCGGCAAGGUGGAGUGUUUCAUCGGCAGCACGCCGCCCCCGGACCGCAUCGCGUGGGCCUGGAAGGAGAACAUUUUGGAGGCGGGGACGCUGGAGCGGUACACGGUGGAGCGGACGAACACGGGCAGCGGGGUCCUCUCCACCCUCACCAUCAACAACGUCAUGGACGCCGACUUCCAGACGCGCUACAACUGCACGGCCUGGAACAGCUUCGGGCCGGGCACCGCCAUCAUCCAGCUGGAGGAGAAAGAGGUGUUGCCCGUGGGCAUCAUCGCCGGGGCCACCAUCGGGGCCAGCAUCCUCGUCAUCAGCUUCCUCGUCGUGCUCGCCUGCGUCCUUUACCGGCGCCGCAAAGGAAGCCGCAAGGACGUCACCCUGCGCAAGCUGGACAUAAAGGUGGAGACGGUGAACAGGGAGCCCCUGACGCUGCACACGGACCGCGAGGAGGACACGGCCAGUGUGUCCACGGCCACCCGUGUCAUGAAGGCCAUCUACUCGUCGUUCAAGGAUGAUGUGGAUUUGAAGCAGGACCUUCGCUGCGACACCAUCGACACCCGCGAGGAGUACGAGCUCAAGGACCCCACCAACGGCUACUACAACGUCCGUGCCCACGAGGACCGGCCGUCCUCCCGCACCGUCCUCUACGCCGACUACCGCAACCCCGGCCCGGCGCGCUACGACACCCGCCCCCCGUCCCGCCUGUCGCACUCCAGCGGCUACGCCCAGCUCAGCACCUACAGCCGUGGCCCUGCAUCCGACUACAACGCCGAGGUGGCCCCGGGCCCCGGCCCCGCUCCUGGCACAGCGGGCGGCGAGACGGCCAGCCAGCUGUCCUAUGAGAACUACGGGGGUCACGCCGCCUUCCCCGCCGGCGCUGGUUAUGCCACCUACCGCCUGGGGUACGGGCAGCCCCCCGGGCUGGAGCGGGCGCCCUACGACGCCUACGACCCCAUGGGCAAGUACCCCAGUGCCACGCGCUUCUCCUACACCUCCCAGCACUCGGACUACGGGCAGCGCUUCCAGCAGCGGAUGCAGACGCACGUCUAGGCUGGGCGGGGGGCACAGCGCGGGCUGGGGGGGCACAGGUACCUCACGACUGUCCCCUGAUAUUCAGGGGCUCAUCCUGACCCUCUGGCCCCGCUGGAGUCCCCGUGCUGUGCCACCGAGCCCAGCGGGGACGUCCCCGAGUCCCUUUGAGCUUCCACUCAUCCCGUUUGGUUUUCCGGUACCUUCCUGGAGGAGGGGAGGGCUGGGGGUGCGGGGACGACUCCACAACCCCUGGACCCUCCACCCUGAGUUCCACGGGGCUGGAUCCGUCCCCAAUGGGUCCCGAUCCGUCCCCAAUGGGUCCCCAGCACUCACCUCUGUCCCCAGCAGGAGGGGGGGCGGGAUAUGAGCUGCCCCCAGGCCUCCCCAAUCCCAGCAGACCCCACGUGGGGUGCUAUAUGUGCUAUAUACAUACAUGCACAUAUACGCAACACCCGGGUUUUUGUGUUGUCCCAAAAAAGCCCCAGCCCAGCCCAUUCCCAUUCCCUGUGCCUUGAUUUUGGGGACAGCCCCCGUUGGGGGGGCAGGCUCCCCCCAUUCCCGUCCAUCCCAUUGGCCUCCGCCCCCACCCUGGGGGUGUCUGGGGGAGUCGGGACCAGCCAGCUCGGAGUAGCGUGACCCCGGUGUCCCCAUGUCCCCCCCAUGCGCACGCUCCUACCAAGGGGGGGUGUCAGUCCCACCGCUGGUGUGGGGGUGCGGUGCGGGGGGGGGGGUCCCCUUAUGAAUGUAUAUACAGGUGUAUAUGGGGGGGCCACCAGCAAGUGUUACAGCUUCUCACCCCCCCCAGUUUGGUAAAUGUUUUGGGGCUGGGAGCACUGGGCCGGGAGGUACGGUUUUGUUUGGGAGCUGGGGAACAACGCGGGGUGAGAUGAGUUUUAGGGGGGGGCAGAGGCGCGGGGUGGGAUUUUUGUCUGGGGGGCCCUUCCCAGUCACAUCAUUGUCCCUGGGUCCCCCAGGAUCAGGUACGAAACAUCAAGCGCCCCCCCACAUACCCCCUUCCCAGCUGCUACAGGUACGAUUAGGGGGGGCAGCUGGGAAGGGGCUGGGGGCACCGGGGUGGGGGGGAAACCAUGUCCCCCCCUUUUUCCCCUUGGCCCCCCAGAGGUACUGUCAGGAUGGGCCAAACCCUGGAAGGUGCUGAGCCCCUACCCAGCCUGACCCCCCCACCGUAUGACCUCGUGCCAUUCGCAAUGGUGCCUGAUUUAACCCUCCUCCUCCUCCUCUGCCCACAUCAUGUGUCCCCCCCCCGGCCAGGGACAACCCCAUUUUUUGGGGGGGGUCCCACCCCAGGUGCUGCACCCCCAUGUCAAUAGCAAUAGCCAGCCUGGGCGGGGGGGCUGCGAAUCGAAGCCGAAGCUUUAAUUAAAACUGCCCCCAUCCCGGGGUGGGAAUGGGGCCCCCCCAGGCCACAGCUGAGCCCCCCGACACCAAGCAAAAGGGUGUCCCCCCCCCCAGCACAGGCUGUUUUAGACCUUUAGAGACACGUAUCUGUGACCCCCAACCUCCCAUUUUUUAUUUGUCAUUUUCCUUUUUUUUUUUUAAAUAUUAUGUACUAUAUUUUUAGUCUUAAACACGAUAUAUUAUAUAUAUUUAAUUUUUUAUAUAUAUAUAUAAAUAUAAAUGUUCAAAAAAAAACCCAAA